AUGUCAGGUCCGCCUUUUACGGUCCGCUCGGUCUUCGAGUAUGCUUCAGGCCACGAUGAUGAUCUCAACUUCCCGAUCGGUCAAAUCGUGACCGUCACCGCCCUCGAGGACGACGAUUGGUACUACGGUGAAUACUCAGACGCCCAGGGGAGAAAACAGGAGGGCAUCUUCCCGAAGAACUUCGUUGAAAAAUAUGAUCCUCCGGCCCCUCCGAGACCAUCUCGACCCAGACCUAAAAAGGAGCCCGAACCGGUGCCAGUGGAGACCCCCCCCAAACAGGCUGAGCCCGAACCCGAGCCAGAGGUGCGGCCCACCGAGGAAGAUUAUGAGACUGCCUCGCCACAGUCACCUCUACCCCAGUCCCCUCCUCUACGUGCGAGUGCCCCUAUAGUAGAAGCUGCAUCCUCGCCUCCGCAGCCGGCAAAGGCGCCCGCAGCUCCCGCCCCACCCGUGGCCUCAACCGAAUCCGCAGCCAAGGCACCCUCAAAACCUGCGCCUUCGGCCGUAGCGGAGAAGCCUUCGGGGUCCUCGUUCAGAGAUCGGAUUGCUGCCUUCAAUAAACCUGCUGCAGCACCAGUUACGCCGUUCAAACCGGGCGGUUCCCAGCCAUCCUUCAUCAAGAAGCCUUUCGUCGCGCCGCCUCCUAGCCGGGACGCCUACAAGCCUCCGCCAAGGGAACCUGCACCCAAGAUCUACAGAAGAGAAGAAGAUCCUGAUGUGAAGGAACAAAUUGCCCGCGAGCCCCCGGUUUCUGAAAGCCGGCCUGCUCCCGUUGAAGGCGGUGAAGAUGUCGCGGAGGACCAGCCCAAGCCAACUAGUCUGAAAGACCGAAUUGCGUUGCUCCAGAAGCAGCAAUUAGAGCAAGCUCAGCGUCAUGCCGAAGCAGCUCAGAAGAAAGAAAAGCCCCCCGCCCUGCUCCUAAGAAUACCCGACGAGGAACAAGAUACACCCUCUGUCGAAGAAACAUCAGCUGUCCGAAAUUCUAGUGUUGAUACACUGAGAGCUGCAGCCCCACCUCCGCAGCCUGUUGCCCCGUUCUCGCCCACUCAAGAAAUCGCGAGUGAUGCCAAUGAUGCCGACUACUCCGCAGCCGCAGACUCCGAGGAUGCAGGUGAAACAUCCACCAGUAAGGAUGAUGAGGAGGAUCAGCCUAAGCCUCGCCCCGUCGCCCAGCGUCAGAAGUCGACUCGCACAGUCGACCAAACUGCCGAGGCAGAUGUUGAAGACGAGGGCGAAGCAGAAGAAGAGGAAGAGGAGGAGAUGGAUCCUGAAACGAAGCGCAGAAUGGAACUGCGUGAGCGAAUGGCCAAGAUGAGCGGCGGCAUGGGUAUGAUGGGUCUCUUCGGCCCGCCUGCCGGGGGUGUGCCAGGCAUGCCUGGUGCCGGUGGUGCUCGCAAGCCUAAGACUCCCGGCGAGUCAGAGAAGAGGCUUGGAGAGCUCGAAUCUGAGUCCGCUUCGCCUGCCAAUGCACCCCCAGUUCCUAUGAUUCCCCUUCCUGGAAUGAAUGUCGCUAGCAAGCCGGUGCCUUCUUCUGCUGAAGUGGAGAAGGAAGAGGAUGAGCCUUUGGCCACCCCUCUCGUGCAACAACACUCCUCACGCGAGGUUCCAGACGUCGAGGAGGUCAUUCAUGAAGGUGCACUGCCUCGCGCCUCUAUUGAUCGUCCGGUCCCGGCGUCCCCAUCCCAAGAUCGUUCGGCACCUCCCCCCGCCUCCUCGAGAGUCACGACCAGUCCCGACUGUCCCGGGAGAGCCACCGGCUUCACCUCCGCCAGGCGACCAGUUCCUCCUCCACCACGGCCGACAACUGCCGACAAAGGUGACGAGUCUGAUGAUGAAUUGUCGGUGAACACAUCUAGUCUAUCUUUGAAUACGUCGGCUGUCCCACCCGCCGUGCCUGCACCUGCGAUACCUGAUCAGAUUGACUCUCGCCGUCCCGAAACUUAUGACACUCUGUCCUCUCCCUCAAUCCACCCAUGCCACCAUCAUCGCAGGGUCGCGCUCCCCCGCCCCCACCCCCCAGAUCAGCUCCGUCGCCGAUCUACCGCUGAUAGUCGCAUGAGUGCAUCAUCCCCUCGACAGGCUGGAGAAGAAGCGGAAGGAGAGGUGACUGAAUAUGAUGGAGAUUACGACACUGAUAUCGCGUCGGGAGUGAAACACAAGGAUGCUCUGAAAGCUCACGAACGUGACUCCAGCUUUGACGAGGGCAUCACCACCGACGACCAUUCCAUUCAGUCACCGCGCAGCCCCCAAGAAGCCCGGCAUCCCCCACCUCCGCCCACGGCUCCCAGGGCAGUUCCGCCUCCACCUCCAAAUCAGCCGCCCCGGAAUACCCGUGCGUCUAUUGACACACCUAGGGGACCGCCUCCUCCCCCUCCGCCCAGAGAUCCAAGCGAUGAUGAUGUUGAGUAUGACCCUUUCAACUACUCCGCUCCCCGACAUGGUCUCCCCACAUCUCCGCCCCUCCCGCUCGGUCGCCCAGAGGCUCCUCCUCCUUUCCCACCGCAACAAGGGGCUGAUGAAUACGACGAUCUUUAUGAUGCACCCCCUGUGCAGAGCCCGGCCAAAGAAAGACCCUCUCCCUUGCAUGAGAAACGUCUCUCAUUGGCGCCUCUGCCUUCCCAAAGCCAAGCUUCGGGUUUGCCAUCUCCGUCCGCAGCCCGAACUCAGCGCGCAUCCAUGGAUCUUCUCAGAAAUCAGCCCAACGUUCGUCGGUCUAUGGAUGUUGCUCGCCCAUCUAUUGACCAAGGUUACAUCGCUACCGAUGUUGAUUUCGCCACGUAUACCCUCUGGUGGACUAAACCCAACACCCCGCCUCCAGCGUUCCAGAAUCGCAAUGAUCUACUUUUCGAGGUCGAGGAGACUGCGUCCACCAACCGUGGCGGCAAAACGACAGUCUCGAGGGAUGUUUAUAUCCUGUUCCUCGAUUACUCCCAGACAAUUUUGAAUGUUCAAUUUGACCCCAAGAACCCCGCGGAUGCUUCUUUCGAACAGCGUCAUGAACCCCCGCCGCUCCCGCUUCGCCAGGACCAACUCGAACAGGCUCAUAUUCAGCUAGGUACGCGAAUCUCUGAGGCUGUCAACUCGAUCCAAAACUCUACUGUUGGAGACGGCACUCCGUUCGGGCUAGUGCAGUACCUACUCAAUCCUCUUCCUAACGCGUUGCUUCCCGUGGGUACCCGUGGAUACGGUGCCUCAGUUUAUUCCAAUCUGGCCAAUGCCUCCGUAUCUCAGAACGACGAAAUCCGCGCCGGUGACAUUGUCAGCUUCCGCAAUGCCCGAUUCCAGGGCCACCGCGGUACCAUGCAUCAGAAGUACAGCGCCGAGGUUGGAAAGCCUGACCACGUUGGCAUCGUGGUCGACUGGGAUGGCACAAAGAAGAAGAUCCGAGCCUGGGAGCAAGGCCGCGAGAGUAAGAAGGUCAAAAUGGAGAGCUUUAAGCUGAACGACCUUCGCAGUGGUGAAUGCAAGGUCUGGCGAGUGAUGCCCCGUAGCUGGGUGGGCUGGGAAGCCAGUAAGUAA